GUGACUGAGCAGAGUUCAGAGUUCGCCCAGCGUUUUCUCGGGCAGAGUAACACCGAGGAGGAGGAGGAAGAGGAGGAGGAUGGUGCUGUGUUGGAGGUGUGAUGAAGAUUUUGAAGAAAAUGUGCAGGAGGAAACUGUCUGAGGCUAGCUGCUCACACCUACACGCAGAAUGAACCAGUAAACCUUGAUAUCUGCUUACACGACGACUACACAUCCAGUCUGGACUCUUUCUCUCUGCUCCUCUGUCCCCUGCAAACACUUCCUGAUGCAAUUAGCACAUCUCCAACCAUCCUGUUACUCAUGCACGACUGUUGCCAACCAGCGGCUCUCAUUAUCUGUGGGAGGUUAAUUGACACUGGGUGAUCUCUCGCAGAUGCUGCAGCACCAAACCGAGCCCACAUCACAGAAACCCUGUCCUCACAAACAACAUUCUUUGAUUUAUCUCUCUCUCUCUCUCCAUCACGGCGCUCGGCCCACUCUGUCCUCUUUAUCUGCCUCUUCAUCGCUCUCUAGCUCCCUUUCAGCUGAUGGAGCUUAUUGUGGACAAAUAGGCUUAGCAGCAUUGCUAUGGCAACGGCGAAUCGUAAAAAAGCUACACAAGCACUUCAUCAGGGGCCGUGAUCCAGCGGCUCCCAUUGGAGAUGGUGCCCCCAACCUCCAGCAACAAGUAAAGGCAGGCCAGAGAGGCUCCCGGGAGGAGGAGAGAGGUGGAGAUAACACUGACAGCAGAGGAAGGAGAGAGAAACCAUUUCUCUUCUCUCUCUCUGCUUAUCUCUCACACUGUCUCGUCUCUCUGAGCAUCCAUCCAGUCUUCUGCUUUCUCAGGACUUCCUUUAUAAUUCUGCUCAACGGCGAUUUUUCUUCUUUUCUUGUGGAGUGUAAGACUAACUUAGGGAAAAGAAAAAGAGGGGACGGUGAAGGAGGACAAUGGCCUCCUGGUUCAACUGGAAUGAGCCUUAUUACCGGACGCCCCGCCGGGACCCAUCCGACGUGGUCACCGACACCCUGAUGGUGGAGUUCGGCUGGCAGCUGAAGGAGGCCGAGAGGCUGCAGAAGGAGAGGGAGAACGAGUACCGACGGCUGAAGACCGGUGUGGACUACAGCUGGCUGGCCAGCACGCCUCGAUCCUCCUUCAGCAUCAGCACGGGGGAGCGGCUCGGCCUGGAGGACCUCUGCUCCAAGGUGCCGCCAUCCUGCUGUGGCAUCGUCAUACUCAAGUUCAGGGAGGUCAUGCAGGCCAACGAGCCCGAGGCCCACGAGGUGCCCGGCCUGUUCCGCUCCGUCCUCCUGGAGGCUCUGGAGCACCUGAAGGAGGAGCAGGAGGCGCAGCGACUCGCCCGCCAGUGGAACAACAAACGCGCCAUGAGCAUGUCCCUCAUUAAUUUCAGGUCCAGGAUCAAGAUCAACCCGUUCGGGAGCACGGCGGGCCUGACCUCCCCUGCAGCCGAGGGGGCGGGACUCAGCGACCUGAAAACGGUGUCGGAGGACGUGGAGAAAGGGAUGGACCAGGAUGAGAGGCAGAGGGUGUGGAGCAUGCCCGACUUCAGAUACAAAGGAUCCGGCAGCAGCAGCACCAGCAAGGUGGUCUGAUGCGGUGUUCACAGGACUGAGAUGACGGUCGGACGUUUCAGGGGGAUAAACGCUGAUCUCCAGGACUGUUGCAGUGUUUCCACGGGGACCAAUCUUUCAUUCCCCUGACUUUUCAGUACAGAAACCACUCAGCGUUAGAUCCUGCUUGUCAGGCUUUUUACUGAUAUUCUACACAUUGACGACAGUUUUGCAGUACUUGAAACCAUUUUAACUUUGCUUGAGAUUAUCACUUCUUGCAGCGAUGCCUCUUUUUUUGGUAGAGAUUUAACAUCCAAGCACUGAGGGCCUGAUAGGGUUAUUUAUAUAAAUACUUUUUGUUGCAGGAGGAAAUUGGCUGUUAGCUCAGAAGUGAAUGGUGUUUUAUGAAAAUAUUUUGCAUUUAAAGGGAAUAUAGUGUUAUAGACAAAACACAGUUGUGCUCAUAACUUUACACACCCUGGGAAAAUUUGAGAAAUAUUGUCCUUUUUUAAAUAGAAAAUGUGUAAAUCUUUUCUUUUAUUUAGGGUUAGCAGUCUGAUAAUCGUAUUUGCUCUGACUGUUCAUGUUUUCAUUAAAGAAUGGCACAUCUUUUACAAAUUCUGCCAGCGUAUGUAAACUUAUGAGCACAACUGUAUUUCACUUGAACGUCACUCUGAAGGUGAAUCAUGCUCGCCUUCCCGACAGCGCACAAAGACUCAGCAGCAUUAUUCAUCAUCCAAGGUCAGCGCACCGAAAGCUUUUCUCCUGCGCUCUUUAUUUGCAAGAGCGAGUCAUGAAAGUAAAAAAAAGAAAAAAAAAGGAAAAUACGCAGAGACAUGUCACUAAAUGUUGUCAGAUGUUUUUAAAUGAAAUAUUUCAAAGUAAAAUCUUUCCAGCAGUUUAA